GCGCCUCCGGACUGCGGGCCUUUGGCUUCCCUGCUGCUCCUUGCCGUUCUAAAGUUUCCUUCUCGCCUCCUUCCCCCGGCCCUGCACCUUUUUUUGAUCCGGCAGGGUUGUGACGGUUCUGCUCUGCACGUUGUCAGUCUCCGUCCCUUGACCAAGCCUUUGUGGCGCUACGUUAGCGUGGGGAGGAGGCUAGAGGCGUUCUCCUUGAGGAAUAGUUUUCUGUUUUCUACAGGAGCACGUGACUUUCCAGGUUGCACAAGUUGAAAAGUUAGGAAGCACGGAGGGAUUGAUGGACGCGGGAAGAAAUCGCAUCACUGACAACGCCACAAGCUUGGGCAUAUUUACUCGGGAGUAAGUCAGGCUUACUUCCAGGUUUGGACUAUGGCAGAGAGAUUCCCUUUUGUUUUUCCAGAGGAAGGGGAGAUAAAUAGUCUAGAAGGAUGAUAAACAUGAAGUAAAGUCAGAACUGUGAAAUAUGGAGAAAUUUGGAGAAAUUUCAACACUUCCCAUGAUGGAGAAUCAACCAGUUGUAUUAGGGAACCAGAAUGGUGGAGCAGUAUCAGGUACAACACCUGCUCUUUAUGUCCUUGUGAAACAGAGCACUGGAAAAACUGAUCAAGGCAUCUUGGUUUCAAAUCGAGAUGAUUGUGGCUUUGCCAGCAAUGCCACAACAACAACAAAACCUAAAGUAAAGACCUACCUUGCAGCUGACUGCACCUCUGGAAACAUUACUGUUACACUGGACAACAACAACAUGUGGAACGAGUUCUACCAUCGCAGCACAGAAAUGAUUCUGACUAAGCAGGGAAGACGGAUGUUUCCAUAUUGUCGAUAUUGGAUAGCAGGCCUUGAACCCAAUCUAAAGUAUAUCCUUGUCAUGGAUAUUUCUCCUGUUGACAGCUUUCGGUAUAAAUGGAAUGGCCAUAGUUGGGAACCCAGUGGAAAAGCAGAGCCCCAUGUGCUGGGAAGAGUAUUCAUUCACCCAGAAUCGCCUUCUACUGGUGAUUACUGGAUGCACCAGCUAGUGUCCUUCUACAAACUGAAACUUACUAAUAAUACCUUGGACCAAGAAGGGCAUAUCAUUCUACACUCUAUGCACCGUUAUCUACCUCGAUUACACCUGGUGCCUGCUGACAAAGCCACGGAGGUUAUCCAGCUGAAUGGUCCUGAUGUUCAUACCUUCACUUUCCCACAGACUGAAUUCUUUGCUGUGACUGCCUAUCAAAACAUCCAAAUUACACAACUGAAAAUAGAUUACAACCCAUUUGCAAAAGGGUUCAGGGAUGAUGGACUGAGCAGUAGACUUCAACGUGAUGUGAAGCAAAACGGUAGUUCAGAACAGGAAGAAGGUAGUGUUACUAGUUCUCCCAGCAUUGAUAGGCACCCCACUGAUGAUAAUACUUUGGAUACAGAACAUGGAGGUCUAGGAUCAGCAUUUAAUGCUAUGUGUAACACAAACUUGGAAAGAGACUCACUAAGUCCGUAUCAUGAUUUUCUCGGUUUCAUGGAGACAGAUGUACAUGGGCGUGAUCCAGUAUUAAAGCAUGAAGCAUCUGAAAGUUCAGUGGCUAGCCCUUGUCAAAGCACCUCUCAUGUAGCAUCUCCACUGAACUCCAAUGGAGACAUCAGUGUUGUUAUUAAAGAAGAGCCAGUUGAUGACUAUGAAUAUGGACCAAGUGUGUGUAUGGAUGAGAUAAAUGUGAAGCAGGAAGAAGCAGAUAAUAUGGCAGUGGAUUAUUCUAAUAAAAAUGAUUCCAUACUGGAGCAACAGCUGAAGAGAAACACUGAAAUGAGCAAAAAGGAAAUUGAAAUUAGAUCUGAGAAGCAACCACAGGCAAGCCAGUUGGGUGUUGCCAAAGCAAAAAUGCUAAAGCUAGAUAGUGGAAAGAUGCCUGUAGUGUAUCUAGAGCCCUGUGCAGUCACUAGGAAUACAGUAAAGGUCUCUGCUCUUUCACACACUAUGUUGUCACCUUCCAGGAAUGAAAAAUCUUUGAGCGAUUCUGUGGAUUCUUUGCCUAUUUGUUUUGAAAACAACAUUAUCUCCAGACCUUUUUCAACCAUGGAAGCAGAGCACAUCUCAACAGAGAAAGAGUUACCUGAAAAUUUGACACAGAAAUAUUCUUCAGUAAAAGAAAUACUAUGGAACAAUACUGAAACAUCUACCAGCCUCACCAUAACAAAGAAAGUCUCAGACUGUAGUCUCAAGACCACUGCAUACAAUGUCCCUUCUUUAACUAAGGUUAUCUCUGGACUGGGGAAGACAAAUACAUUGAAGAAUAUUAUUUCCUGCAAGAGUAUUGUUGGUAACCAAAAAGUUGGGAUACCUACCCCACGUAAAAGAGGAAGACCACGGAAAAUAAAGUUUCCUGGAGUUGGGAGACCACCAAAAUAUACAGAAAAGCCCAUCAAAACAAGUAAUUAUACGCCUUUGGCAUCUGGGAAUACCCAUUUGGAUGUUAAGCCUGAUCUUGAAGAUGUGGAUGGAAUGCUUUUUGUAUCCUUUGCAUCCAAGGAAGCUCUGGAUAUUCACACUGUUGAUAGAGCCGAAGAAAAAGAAUUGCCAAAUAAACAGUCUCUUUCACUGGGUUCUUGCAGUCCAUAUAUUGAUCCAGAUGUGCAAAGGAUACAACAGCUGGAAAAAGAAUUGUUGGAAGAUCUGAAGUCUUUUAAGUACAAACAAGUGAUACAUCCUAGUCUUCAAGAAGUGGGACUAAAGCUGAAUUUUGUGGACCCAACAAUGAGCAUCGAUCUAAAAUAUUUGGGUGUGCAGCUGCCACUUAGUUAUUCAGAUGACUACACUUUGUGGAAAAACAUAGGGAUCAAUUCCAGUUCUACUGAUACUGGACUUCCCUUUAUUUCAAGAACUGGGAAGACAAAUGAUUUCACAAAGAUAAAGGGAUGGCGAGGAAAGUUGCAUAGUUCUUCUAGAAAUGAAGGUAUCAUCAUAGAAGCAUCUUUGAAGAACAGAUCUGCCUUUUGCAGUGACAAGCUUGAUGAAUACCUGGAAAAUGAAGGGAAGCUAAUGGAAACAAGUGCAGAAUUUUCUGCUAGCACAUCCAGUUGUCCUGUGGUUUAUCAGCUUCCAACUAAAAGCACCAGCUAUGUACGAACAUUAGAUAGCGUUCUUAAAAAACAAUCCACUGUUACAACUUCUUCCAGUUCCUAUACUUUCAAGCCUCUUUCUGUGCCUUCUGUCUCUAGAAAGAAAAGAGAGAAAGUUAAAAAUAAAAAACAAGUCUCUAAAAGCAAAGAAAAGUUACCCCACAAGCCUGUAAUAGCUUUACCUGUUGUAACAAAGCAGAAACACAACUUAACAGCCUUGGAAGAGAAAGUCUCUAAAUCUCAGUCAAAUAGUCAAGUAGCUAAUGGUAUAGGUACUCUCAUGAUGCCGGGCAUAGAUGACAAUGUGCAGGGGAAACAGUUCAAUGUGCGACAGACACAGCAGCAAAGUAAUCGCUUGCCAACUUUAUCAAAGACUCAUUUGAAGCUGAUGGACUUGGAGGAUUGUGCAUUGUGGGAUGGUAAACCACGGACUUUUAUUACUGAAGAGCGAGCAGACUUGUCCCUGACAACUUUACUGACUGCUCAGGCUUCACUCAAAAACAAACCCAUCCACAAAAUAAUCAAAAGGCGAGCACCACCAUGCAACAAUGAUUUUUGCCGGCUUGGAUGUAUCUGUUCUAGUUUAGCUCUUGAGAAACGCCAGCCAACACACUGCCGCAAGCCAGACUGUAUGUUUGGCUGCACUUGCCUAAAGAGAAAGGUGGUCCUAGUUAAAGGCAGUUCCAAGCACAAGAGGAUCAUAGAGAAACCUCUGCAUGGGAAGCACAAGCUAUAUCGUGGAAAAAAAAUAGAGCAACAAGAGGUGGUUAUGGAGAAAGAAGAGCAAGAGAAGUUGAAACUAAAAGAUAAGAGGAGGAAAAAAAAGGUGGAAUAUGACUUCCCCUGGAGUGAUUUGUUGCUUGCUGCUUGCCAAGGAGAAAGGAAUUGUUUUCAAAGUGCAGCUAUCUGUGAUACAGAGCCAGAUAAGCCUGUUAAGAAUUUUCCAUUGUGGGUAAAAGUAGAUGGUGAGAUGGACCCAGAACCGGUUUAUAUCCCAACACCAUCAGCUGUUGAACCAACAAAGCCUCUGAUGCCACCUCUGCCUGAAGGCUUACCAUCUGAUAACAUACCUGCAGUCAGUGAAAUGAAGCCUAUAGCCAGUGGAGUAAAGUCAUCACGAGUCUAUACGCCUAGACCCAAUCCAUUGAUUCGAGAAGAGGAUAAGGAUCCUGUCUAUUUGUAUUUUGAAAGUAUGAUGACUUGUGCUCGUGUUAGAAUACAUGAACGCAAGACAAAGGAGAAAAGACAGCAGCAAAAAUGUCCUCGGAAUUCUGAAAAACCUGUUGAAAAGGAGCAUGAUCCUCAGCUGCAGUCCCUUAAUAUAGAAGAGGAUAAAGAACCUGGAGAGAAAAAUUGGUGGUUUUCCUGUAGUGCUGAGGAUCCAUCCACUUCAUACAUACAUCACACUACUCCAGAAGGAAGAACCAAACUGAUUGAGAUUAUUUCUGAUUGCAACUGGGAAGAAGAUCGUAAUGAGAUCUUGAACAUCUUAUCACAGUACAUCAAGAAUAAGAUCCCUAAGUCCCUCAAAGUAGGGAAUUUUGUUAUUGAUCUAAAAUCUCAAAGCAAAACUUGGGAUGAGAAGAACACUCCUAUCUAUUCUUCCCGAGUGAAAAUCACAUCCUGCCAAAACAAGAGUGAAAAGGCCCACAUCUCUGGUUCAGAAGCUCCCAAUAAUCAAUUGUCACCAUGCAAAAGGACAGAAACAAUCACAUUCUUGACACCUGGAAUGUUACGGGAACAAAGGAAGAAAGGUUUACCUUUUUAUGCUGGGCUUUCUCCUGCAGGAAAGCUUAUUGCCUACACAUGCAAAUCUGGUUUGAAUCCUUCGUCCUUGAUUCAGGCUAAUGGUAAAAAUUAUCCUCAAGCCAAACUUCUUUUGGGACAGAUGGGGGCUUUACAUCCAGCUAGUCGGCUAGCUGCUUAUCUCACAGGCAGGCUGCGGCCAGCAAUGCUUGACCUCACAACAAUAAGUACCGUGAUCUCUAAGGUUGCAUCCAAUGCUAAGCAGACUGCUUCUGAGCCACAGUCAGCUGAAGUGUCUACAUCAGAAAAUGCAAAAGUCCCAUUAUCCAGUGAAAGUACAUUACUAUCUCCUGUAACUGCACCAAAUGUUCUUGUCUCAACACACGGACAGACAGUUGCUCAACCAGUACUGGAUGGUAUGACCUCUCAGUUGGUUAUGACUGCAGUUGGGACUGUACAACAAAAGGUUCCUGGAGUUAGAACACCCCAACCUCUGACAGGUCCACAGAACUUUAAUGUCAAAUCUACACCACUCUCUUCUGGGACAGCUACAGUUAUUACUACUGUAGCUGCUACUAAUACUGUGGCAUCACUUCCUGUAACAACUCGUCCUGUGCAGUGUAGCACAUCUGGCAACCCUUCUGGCACCACUACAGCAAAUGCUGCUGGAAAAGCAGAAAACGCUACAGUCUCAACCACUACUGCCACCACAGCUACUGUUAAAAUAACUAAAACAACUGGAAUAGUUACACCAGCUGCAACCACUGCUUUUGCUAAGUCUGCAGGAGCCACAUCAACUCCAAUUGCUACAACAUCUCAGUCUACUCUCUUAAGCACAACUGCAUCUACAGCCACAGCAACCACCUUGUCUUCAUCAAUCGGCUGUGUUGGUUCUGGAGCCUCAGGAAUUCCAAAAAGUCCAUUAUCACAUCAGAAAUCAGGCACUACAAGUCCUCCAGGGUUGCCUCCCGGAGCAGAGAAACGUAUGGGACCACGACUGCUUUUGAUUCCAGUACAUCAAGGUUCUCCUACUUUGCGACCUCCACAAAAUAUGCAACUUGCUCAGGGGAAGAGAAUGAUAUUGCAGCCUCUAAGGAAUCCUGGUGGUGUGAACCUCUAUCGACAUCCCAAUGGACAGAUUAUCCAACUUGUUCCUUUGCAUCAGCUUCAGCCUGCAGGACCUCAGCCCAGUUUGCCAUCUGUAAUGUUCCGUAAUCCAGGAUCUGUUGUAGGAAUCCGGUUGCCUGGACCGUCUAAGGCUCCUGAGACAUCUGUAUGUCAGUCUUCUGUGGUUUCACCUGUGACUCCAACUACCACAAUUUCUUCAGUUCUAUCCAUGACUCCUCCUGCUUUGUCUGCAUCCCCGACCACAGACGCUACUUCCGUCUUGUCUGGGACCUCAAGCACCACAACAACCCCUACCACUGAGGCCACUUUCGUGUUGUCUGUCCCCGCUACUAUUGUGUCCACACCUCCUGCUGCUGAAGGUCCUUCAGUUUUGUCCAUGUCCCCUACUUCAAACAUGCCUUUAUUGUCCACACCCCCAUCUGCUAUGCCUAUGCCCCAUGCUGCUGAAGGUCCUUCAGUUUUGUCCAUGUCCCCUACUUCAAACAUGCCUUUCCUGCCCACACCCCCAUCUGCUGUGCCCCAUGCUGCUGAAGUUUCUCCAAUGUUGAAGACAAAUGCUUCUUUGGCGUUGCCUCCCACUGUGCUUAUGCCUCCUGUCACUGAAGUUCCUGCUGAAGUUCCUUUAGUGUUACCUAUUACUUCUUCUGUUACAACUGUGCCUGCUACCUGUGAAAUCCCUUCAAGUUUGCCUAUGCCCUGUACUGCUGAUAGUUCUUUGGUGUCACCUAUGGCCUCUUCUGCUUUGCCCACACCUCCUAACACUUCCCCUUCUACAAGCUGGACCCUGCAGACAAUUAGGUCUGUGUCUGCACUUCCUAUUUCAGCUGCUCAAGCAGGUCCUGUCAUCUCUCCAGCACCUGUUCCUGUCUCCCAAACUGGCACAUUGACUCUAAGAAUUUGUCCUGCAGGAAUAAAAAGUAUUGCUACUCAAAUAAGUUCUAAUCCUAAAAUUACAUUCAGCUCCAGUGGGCAAUCAAAUAAUGUAGAUAAUCUGGUAUCACUUCAUUCCGGCAGUUUUGCCUUGCUUCACUUUCCAGGGGAGAAGGCUGUUUCAAGUUCUACUGAGAAAGAUGUAGCAUCCCUUGAUGUUAGGAAUAUGUGUAAGAAAAAUGAAGUCAAUGCAGUUACACUAGAAGAAAAGACAACAUGCUCACAAACAGUAAAAGUCAUGGCAUCAGAAGUUGAAUUGUGUGAUCCCAAGUUGGAAGAAAAUAAAACACCAGCAAGCCAACCAGACUGCUGCUCUAAAGAGAUUACAUGUGACAGGAAUACUGAGAAUGAUACCUUAGCUCAAUUAUCAAUUGAUACCCCCACAUUGGAGCCUGAUGUAUGCUUGGACCACUCCUCCAUCAGUAAGAAACAAACAUGUGGGGAAAACGAAGUGAUGGUUAAGGGAAAACUGCAUGUUAAACAUCCUGAAGAUACCCUAGAUAAAAUUCCUUAUAGUUCUGAGACUAUUCCUGAGAGGGGCAGUAAAACCACAGUUUGUGCUCAAGAGCAGAAAGUCACACAGUUGAAAAACUCACAAGAAAAGCAAACACACUCUGACCAAAUGCAAAGUGUAGCUGCUCAUUCAAAAGAAGCUGAAGAGACUCAGUUAGAAAGAGAAGAGGGCAUUAUUACUGAGGAGUCCUGGAAAUCAAUGGGUAAUUACCAAGUGCACAUGAAUUCUACUGAAAAACUUCAAAAAAAGACUACAUGUUCCCUGAGGAUAUGCGAAAACCAAGAUUCUGGACUGCUAAGGAGAAAGAUGAAGGAAAUGAGUGACUCUGCGGCAACAGAGAAUAGAGAAGGAGUGAGAGGAAAGCCUAAGAUCACCAGUGCAAAAGGACAAGGAGACAAAUAUUUGGAUAGUGUUCAAGAAUGUUCAAGAAAUACUGGUUUCCUGGAGAAUACUAACACUUCUGGCCAUAAAAAGAGUGCUACUGAUAUUCAGGAAGAGAUUCAACCUGUUAAAGACAAACCUGUUCAUGUCAGCAGAACUUGGAGCAAAAUAUCCAGGCAGGCAGUUGCUUUCAGCAACAAAAUUGGCAUGUAUAAUGAUGAUCAUGUGGAGAAAUUGACUGAAUGUGCAGAACAGAAUACACAAAAAAAACAUUGCAGAAAGGAUUCUCUUCCCAUUAUUGAUAUUACUAUGGAUGAUACAGAAAAAGAUGAAAAAAUAUAUGAUUCUGCAGAUGAGAUUGUAGAUGAAGUAUCUGGCUAUCAAAGUGAAGAUAUAGUGAAUGUUGAAACACUGAAUGAAAGUGAAUCCAGUGAAGCAGAGGAAAAUGUAGACAUAGAGACUGUGGAAGAACUUUCAGAAAAAAUAAAUAUUGCUCGCCUAAAGGCUACAGCUACCCAUGCCUUGCUAUCUAAAGAAUUGAAUCAUGUUUGUGACAAUUCUAAUAAGACAGUGACCAAGACUGCUAAGCAAUCUGAGUCCUCAAACAAAAAGCCAAAGAAUGAGGAAGAAGCCUUUGCUAACUACCGGCAAACACAUACAGCAAAUGAACGUCGCCGUCGUAAAGAAAUGAGGGGACUUUUUGAAAAACUGAAAGCAACUCUGCCAUUACACACUCUCCCCAAAGUUUCCAAGUGCUUUAUCCUCAAACAAGCUUUUGAGGAGAUUCAGGGGCUGACAGAUCAAGCAGAUAAACUCAUAGGUCAAAAGAACUUGUUAAUGCGCAAACAAGACACCUUGAUUCGUAAAGUUUCUGCACUUUCAGGCAAGACACAGGAAGUAGUCUUGAAGAAGCUGGAAUACAUUUAUGCCAAACAGAAAGCAGUAGAAAUACAAAAAAAGAAUCAGUAUCAGCAAACAGAACCUAUGAAGACUACAGAUACUGCUAGGCCUUCUGUGGAAAACAGUCCCUCUUCUAUCCUUAAAGAAAUGAAACCUGUGAUUCUGUCCAACAAGCGUGCAAAACCAUUGAUACUUUCCAGGAAAGGAAGCAAUGCUACAGAAGAUGCACCACCUUCUAUGACAUUAACAAACACCAGUCUAGUAAUGACUGCAAAUGGCCAAGUUCUUGCAUUCAAGAGUCCUUUGGUACCAGGGCAAGUUGCUAGCCUGCCUUCCUCACUCCUGCAAACUGAACUCAAAUCAGAAAACGAUGGCAGUAAUGGGACAACGCAGCCAGGUAUUGCUUCUGUGAUGAUUCAGUUGCCAGGCUCAGCAGUGCCAGUGCAGGUGAAAGGCAUCCUCCCUACCUCUGCAAUUCCUGUUGCCUUGUCUGCAGUGGCCACUAGCUCACCCUCUUCAGUUGUAGAAACUGCUCCAGAGCUCACUUCAGAAAAUGAAGACUCAUUUAUGAUGCCAAGGAUAGUAAAUGUGACAUCACUAGCUACUGAAGGAAAAAAAAUAAACCUGGAUGUAGAUAAGAAUCCUUACAUAACUGGGGGUGUUAAUUCCCAGACAUCUGAGCCUUCCUUGCUACAAGUGGUAUCACAAGAAACAACCAAUCAGUCUGAAGGAAAAGCUGGAAGUUCUGGAAAAGAGAGAAAUGCCACUGGAACACUACCAGAUUUUCUUGGAGGGAAGGAUAGUUUUCCACAAAUAGUAAAUGUCUCCAGUUUAAAGGGAACCCUAGGAUCUUUUUCACCAAAAUUCUGUAUUGAAGAGUUAAGUGGAAGCCAGGCAAGAACAAAACAGAUGGACAAGGGAGGUGACUGUCAAAGAUCAAAAGAGUCUUCAUUUCAAAAGGUGCAAGUUAAUGAACCCAAGGGCUCAGGAUUAGAGAUGGAACUGCAAAAAGUAGCCUCUGUGAUCCAUGAACCAACACUGGAUGCAAAUGAUUUAAUGGACAUAGAAGAGAAUGAUGACACAGAUGAAACUCUCACCUCACUUCUAAAUGAAAUUGCAUUUCUCAAUCAGCAAUUGAAUGACGAUGCCUCUGACAUUUCAGAACUUCCCAACUCUCUAAGCUCUGGCUUUUCUCUAGGGGAUAUGGAAAGUCGCCGGGAAUCAAAUGCUGCAGAUGGUUCUCCUUUUCAGUUUGGUGCAAUGAGUGGAAGCUUUAAAGACCUUUCUGUAGUCCAGGAGAAUAGUGAUUCCAUAGCCCCUCUCCUGCUUCAUUUGGAUGAUGAUGAUCUUUCUGAUGGAAACAGGAAUUCAGGAGAGCUUUCAGCUGAAUCUGAUGCUUUGAAAAUAAUGCUAGGCUCUGAAUUAAAGGCCCCAGAUCCUGACCUCUCAGCAAUACACAGUGGUGGAAGUAGAAAAAGUGUGGAAGCUCUGGCAAAGAAAAGAAGUGUGUCACCUCCCAUUUUACAUAUGAAAACUAAUGUAGAAGCUGGCAACACUGACAUGACAUGGAGGCCCAUGCCCAAACUGGCACCACUUGGGUUGAAAGCAUCUAAAUUUCCAUUAGAUUCUGAAGGGCAGAAUAACAAGAUGAUGCCCUCUUUGGCACCUGUUGCUGCAAAAGAGAUGAAAACUGUCCAGCCACUGGCUAUUCCAAGACAAGACUCUAAAGCGGUGCUCGCAUCAAGACAUGCAUCUACAAAAUCAAAAUAGUAUUGUGGUUUUACCUUCAAAUUAUCUUCCAUUAUUAAUUUUUUACUUUUAAGAGACUUGAAUCUAACUCACUGAGCAUAUGGUACACUUCCACCAUCUAGCCUCCUAUGUUGCAUGAGCAUAUAUUAUAGCAAGUGUGCAUGUAAUGUAUGGAGUUAGAUGUUUCAGCUUAGUACUAGAUGACAAGAAAUCAGGAGUAAGAGACUAGCCAGACAAACUAUGUGGGUGGCCUGUUGCUUGUUGUUUCUGUAGAGUCAUUGUGAAAGAGAAUGAGGAUCUUUUAAGAAAUUAUAUUAGAUAUUUUUACUGCAUUUGCUUUGAGAAAAACUGCAGAACAGAUUUCUUUCUGGCAUGACAAAAUCUGAGUGAGUGAGAGUAUUAUCUGCCUUGCUCAAACUCCCAAGGCAGUUCAUAAAUGGCAGGAACGUUGUUAUAGUGCUUCUUACGCUUUCUGAAAGUCACAGGAUGCAUCCUUUUUAGACUAUUUUAAACAUUUUUAGCAUUUCAAAAAUAAUUCAGGAAUGUAUUUAGUUUGUAUACCUGUAUCUUAUCCAUUCAGAAUUUAGAAACUCAAAUUAAAGCAUUGGAGCUACAAGAUGUAUUUUUCUCUAAUGUCUCUUGAAUGAAUAGUUUGGGGAACCUCUUCACUUUUAAGCUAAGGAAUGUGAAGAGAUUUCGUACUAUUAAACAAUUUAUAUUUUUGUACACAAUUUCCUUCUGUAAAUAUGUAAUUUUCCAUGUAGGAACACUGUUAAUGGUUUUGUAUGAUGGUUGUUGUUAUCUGCUGUCAAGUUGUCUCUGACUUAGAGCAACCUUAUGAAUGAUAGCCUUCCAAGCUGUCCUAUCCAUUGCAUCCUUGCUUAGCUGUUCUAAAUUCAAGGUUGGGGCUACCUUUAUGGAGUCAAUACAACUCUUAUUUGACCUUGGUUUUCUUCAUCUGCCUUCAACUUUCCGUGGCACAAUUAUCUUCUCCAGUGAGUUUUACCUUCUCAUAAUGUGUCCAAAGUAUGGCAGUCUCAGUUUUGUUAUUUUUGCUUUUAAGGAAAGCUCUAGUUUGAUUUGAUUCAGGAGCCACUUGUUUGUCUUUCCGUCUGUCCAGGAUAUUUACAAAGCUCUCCUCCAGCAUCAUGUUGUGAAUAUAUGCUUUCUUCCUGUCAGUUUUUUUCACUGUCCAGUGUUCAAUUCCAUACAUAGUGAUCAGCAACAGAAAGCUGUGAAUGAUCUUGGCCUUAGUCACCAGUGAAACACAUUUGAUUAUCUUUUCUAGUUCCUUCAUUGCUGCUCUUCUGUGUUGCAGUCUUCUUCAAGAUUCUUCGCUGCUAUCAUCCUUUGAAUUGAUGAUUGAGCCAAGGUGUAUGCAAAAUCUUACACAAUUUCAAUUUCUUCCUUAUUGGCUGUAAAGGUCUCUCAUUUUUCUGCAGUCAUGAUUUUUUGUUUUCUGAAUAUUCAGCUGCAGUCCUACUUCUGUACUUCUUUCACAUUCAUCAGGAGUCAUUUCAAGUCAUUGCUGCUUUCUGCCAAUAGUACGGUAUCUUCUACGUAUCUUAUUGAUGUGUCCCACCUAUUUUCACUCCUUCCUCUGAUCCUAAUUCAGUUUUCCUCAUAAUAUAAUAUGUAAUAUGUGUACAGGUUGACUAGAUAGGGAGAUAAAAUACACCUGUGUCUGGCCCCUUUUCUAUAGGGGACCAUUCAGUGUCUCCAUAUUGGGUCCCAACGUUAGCUUCUAGUCCACAAUACAGGCUACACAUCAGGACAUCAUGAGGCACACACAUUUCUUUCAGGACCACUCAUAGUUUCUCUGGAUCCACACACUCAAAGCUUUGCUGAAGUUUAUAAAGCAUAGGCAGAUCUUUUGCAAUUCUUUGGUGGACUUCAGUAGCCAACAUAUAUUUACAAUAUGAUCUCAAGUACCUCUUUUCAGAAUCCAGCUUGAAUGUCAGGCAUUUUUCACUUCAUAUAGAGUAAUAGUCUUUGUUACAACACUUAGAGCAUCAGUUUGCUUAUGUGAGGAUGCUGUAGAUGUGGUUUACCUAGAUUUCAGCAAGGCAUUUGACAAAGUGCCCCAUGAUAUCCUGGUUGAGAAACUGA